AUGAACAACGGGAGUCUGGGAUCCUGGUCCACUUUGAAUGCUUCACGGGAAGAAAUUGGAACAGAAAAUGGAACUGACCUCCUAACCCGCGAGGAUCGUUUUCAUCAUGGAUCAUCACUAUAUCUUAUAGAACUUAUUUUCUUUGUCUUAAUUCCAGUUAUUAGCAUUUUUGGAGUUAUGGGGAAUGGAACUGUCAUCUGGUUUCUUGGGUUUUGCAUGAAGAGGAAUCCUUUCACCACUUUCAUCCUCCAUCUGGCUGCUGCUGAUCUUGGGGCUCUCAUGUGCUUAUCUUCUUUAUCGAUUAUGAGAAUUAUGAGUUCAUCUUCAAACACAAUUACCGAUAUUGAUUUAUACAUUAGUUUUUUGUUUUUAUUCAUUUACAACACAGGUCAAUAUCUGUUGACAGCCAUUAGCAUGGACAGGUGUGUUUCUGUCGUCUUUCCCCUUUGGCAUCGAUGCCACCGACCACCACACUUUUCCACCCUUGUGUGUGCCUUAAUAUGGAUCAUUUCUUUCUUGCCCACUGUAAUCGGCAUUAGUCUUUGGAAAUUUGGAGAUAUAACAUUUCCCCUUUUCUACCUGCUUCUAAUGAAUGCUAUACUUUGCCUCCCACUCAUGACUCUUUCCACUCUGGUCCUGGUUAUAAAAGUUUACUUUAGAUCACAACAGAGGAAGAAAGGAAAAGCUUUAACAGCCAUCCUACUUGCCCUCCUCUUCUUCCUCUUCUUAGCUUUCCCAUUUACUUGCAUUUUAUUAUAUUUCUCCCGCAAUGGUGGAAACGAUACUGAAAUAUUGUUUGGGCUCUUAUGCAGCUGCCUAAACAGCAGUGUUAACCCUUUGAUUUAUUUCCUGGUUGGAAGAAAGAAACACUGUCGGUCAAGAGAGAGCUUGAAGGUCAUAUUCCAGAGGGUUUUCAAGGAGGAGGAAGAUUGCAGAAAGAAGGGAGACUUCGUACAGGUCCAAACCUGA